GCCAGUUUCAUCCAAUUUUGUGUACCAUCAUUGUCACUUUAUAUCUAACCCUCCUCUGAUCGUGCGGCUCUAUCAUGGCGAGAGGAAUCGAAGGCAACGAGGUCGCCACCCCUCGUUCAUCAGCUCCGAAGAAGAGCUCUCAAUCGACAGGAAAAGGCCAAAGUUCCAUCUUCAGCUUCUUUGGGAAGAAGCCUGAUGCGUCCGCUGGCAAGCCCGCACCAACACCUUCGAAAACCUCAAAACAGGCUUCAACCUCCUCACAUACACCAAAAGCUAGGCCAGACUUUCAGAAGACGUCGGCGUUAACGCCAGCACCUAGUAGCGACCCGAUUGCUGCCCCAUCCAGUCCUUUGCCAUCCACCAAAUCCGGACCAAGGAUUACGGGUUUGGAAAAGAAUAAGGAAAAUGAGGUUGCAGGGGUCAAAACAUACUCCAGUCCUUCAAGAAAGUCCAAGAAGAAUGUCAGCUAUGCCGAAUCAGACGACGACGACGAUGAUGAUGAGGAUGACGAUGUGUUGAAGCCGAUCUCUCAAAAUCGCCGCGGUGAAUUGACAAAGAGACGAAAGCUAAGCCUUGAGGAUAGCGAUGAUGAAUUUACUGCACCUUGUGCAGCUGAGGAAGUUGAAGACGAAUAUGAUGUAGACGACUUUGUCGUUCCCGAUGAGUCGGAUGACGAUGUUGUUCCCAAGAAGCGCAAACGCUCGACUCCUCAGAAAGCGUCAAAGCCUAGUCUACCGUCGAGUCCUCCUGAACGCAAGCAUAGCAUAGACUCGGACCCUGAUCUCGAGAUGCCUACUGUUUCGACUGCUCAACAAUGGGCCUAUGAUCCCGAGACCGUGGAACCUUACGCACCUCGCGACGCUCCAAGGCCAAAGAAGGCAUCGACAGGUAUAGAGAAGAAAGAGAAAGCACACAAGUCGGCUCCUGAGGCAAGGCAUCCUUGGCUAGUUGAUAUCAAGGAUAUCGACAAGCAUCCUCAAGACCAUCCAGACUACGACCCACGAACCUUGUACAUUCCUCCUCUAGCCUUCAGCAAGUUUUCUCCAUUCGAGAAGCAAUACUGGGAGAUCAAGCAAAAGUUCUGGGACACAAUUGUUUUCUUUAAGAAAGGCAAAUUCUACGAGUUAUAUGAGAAGGACGCCGUAAUCGGACAUCAAAUAUUCGACCUGAAGCUCACCGACCGAGUGAACAUGAGCAUGGUCGGGGUACCCGAGUCCUCUCUGGAUCAUUGGGCAAAUCAAUUCGUCGCCAAAGGAUUCAAAAUCGCUAGAGUUGAUCAAAUGGAAUCUGCUCUUGCAAAGGAGAUGCGUGAACGCGAUGAUGACAAACCAGUCAAGAAGGCUGGUAAAGAAGACAAAAUCAUCAAGCGAGAGCUUUCGGCUGUUUUGACCUCAGGGACUCUCGUUGAUGCAGGCAUGCUACAGGACGACAUGUCGACCUAUUGUGCCGCUAUCAAAGAGGUUGAAAGGGAUGGCCUGCCAGUAUUCGGAAUUGCCUUCGUUGACGCAGCCACGGCACAAUUUCAUCUUUGUGAGUUUGUGGAUGAUGCCGACAUGACCAAGUUUGAGACAUUUGUUGCUCAGACACGACCGGCAGAGCUUCUCCUGGAAAAAUCAUGCAUAUCUGCACGAGCUUUGCGAAUCAUGAAGAACAACACGGGUCCGACGACUCUCUGGAACUAUUUGAAGCCAGGCAAAGAGUUCUGGGAAGCCGAUACGACAGCUCGCGAGAUGGAGGCAAGCGGCUACUUUAUGAAAUCCGAGGAUGGCACUGGAGGUUGGCCUGUAGCACUGAAAGAAGCCAAGGAUAAGCCGCUGUCUCUCUCUGCGCUUGGGGCAUUGGUGCAGUAUCUUCGAGUCUUGAAAAUUGAUAGUGACCUUGUGUCGCUGGGGAACUUCCAAUGGUACGAUCCUAUAAGGAAAGCAUCAAGCUUGGUGCUCGACGGUCAGAGCUUGAUCAAUCUUGAGAUAUUCGCGAACAGUGCGGACGGUGGUACCGACGGCACUUUGUUUGCGAUGCUCAACCGCUGCGUGACACCUUUCGGAAAGCGAAUGCUUCGCCAAUGGGUCUGCCACCCUCUUGCAGACUCGAUGAAGAUCAAUGCUCGCCUCGAUGCUAUCGAUGCUUUGAAUGCCGAUGGUGUCAUUCAAGAUCGCUUCUCUGCUUCAUUGAGCAAAAUCCCGGACCUCGAACGAUUGAUCUCACGCGUCCACGCGGGUCGCUGCAAACCAAGCGAUUUCAUUCGUGUACUUGAAGGCUUUGAGCAGAUCGAAUACACCAUGGGACUGCUUAACUCUUUUGGUCAAGGUGAGGGUGUCAUUGGCCAACUCAUCUCGGCGAUGCCAGAUCUCUCUGGCAAGCUUGAACCUUGGGCUGAAGCAUUCGAUCGCAAGACCGCACGUGAUGAGGGCAUUCUCGUGCCAGAACCUGGUGUGGAGGAAGACUUUGACGACAGCCAGGCAGCGAUCGACCGUUGCAUUAAGGAUCUCGAUAAGCUACUUAACCAGGCACGCAAAGACCUGGGCUCUAGCUCAAUACGCUUCAAGGACAUUGGUAAAGAGAUAUACCAACUGGAAGUUCCAGCAAAGGUCAAAAAUGUCCCUAAGACCUGGGCUAAGAUGUCCGGCACUGCUGCAGUCAACAGAUACUAUAGCCCAGACCUUCGGAAACUAGUACGAAAGCUACAAGAGGCACAGGAGACACACGCCCAGGUAGUAAAGGAAGUUUCCUCGCGCUUCUACACUCGUUUCGACCAGGACUAUGCGACUUGGCUCGCAGCUGUCAAGAUCGUUGCACAAUUAGACUGCCUCAUCUCACUUGCCAAAGCAUCUGCAACACUCGGUGAACCGAGCUGCCGCCCAACAUUCGUGGAGGACCAAAAGGCAGUCUUGGAACUCGAGGACUUACGACAUCCCUGCAUGUUGAAUACUGUGUCGGAUUUCAUUCCCAAUACGAUCAAUCUUGGCGGUAGUCAGGCAAAUAUUUCCCUCCUUACAGGCGCCAACGCGGCCGGUAAAUCAACCAUAUUACGGCAAACCUGUGUCGCCGUCAUCUUGGCUCAGAUCGGCUGUUAUCUCCCUUGUUCAUAUGCUCGUCUGACGCCUAUCGACCGUAUAAUGUCUAGGCUGGGAGCCAAUGACAAUAUCUUUGCCGCCCAAUCUACAUUUUUCGUUGAGUUGAGCGAGACUCAAAAGAUCCUGUCUGAAGCCACACCUCGAUCACUGGUCAUAUUGGACGAGCUUGGCCGUGGGACAUCAUCCUAUGAUGGUGUUGCUGUUGCUCAGGCUGUGCUUCAUCACAUUGCCUCCCAUAUUGGCUGCAUUGGGUUCUUCGCAACACAUUACCACUCUUUGGCCUCUGAGUUCAGUGCGCAUCCUGAAAUCAAACCGCAGCGUAUGCGUAUCCGUGUAGACGAGAAAGACCGCCGUGUCACAUUUUUGUACAAGCUUGAGUCAGGUGUCGCCGAGGGUAGCUUCGGAAUGCACUGUGCGGCUAUGUGUGGCAUCCCAAACAGUGUGAUUGAAAAGGCAGAGGUGGCCGCCAAGGAGUGGGAGCACACUAGUCGACUGAAGGAGGCGCUCGAUAACGCGAAAGGAAUGGGUGGAAGCUGGCUGCCCAUGGGAAUGCUCAGUGAUGUAUCAUGGAUCCUUAGAGAGGGCGUGACGGAAAGCGAAGAUGGCGUUGCUGAGCGUGGGCUUGAUGUCCUCAGACGCGGUAUCGAGGCUCUGUAAAGGGAUACUGGUACUGUCCAAUGACUAUAAAUGUAUGGUCGAGGAGUAAUAUUGUUUUGAUAAUCUCGGACCUCCAAGGUAUUGUAAGAAUUAUGUUCUGCUCCUUUCU